GAUAUUUAAAUGAGCACUCCAGAAUCUUUGAAUCCUGCUCCUCUUACAAGUCUUGGUGAUCACUCAUUCAAGAAAGUGUUGGAAGACGACUAUUCGACUGGCAAGUUGAAUCUCAAGUUGAAAGCAAAUACCCAGAAUUCUGGAUCAGCCAAUUACAAGGGUUGGCUAGAUAUCGCAAAAAUGCAAUCCCUACAAGAAACCAAACUAUAAUUCCCUUACAAAAAGUAAGUUAUCCACUCUAUAUCAAGUUAUAUUCUCCAAUUUGCUACCAGAGACAAUGGUGCCAAAGUUCAUAUAGAUUUUGGAUAGGUUGCAAAAUUAUCAAAGGGCAAUGUUUCUUUAUUUGCGAAUGCCAAAUUAGGAAGCUCAAAUAUCGGAGAUGCCAUUGUUAGAUUUGGAGGAGUCACAAGAUGGAAUGAUAUUACAAAUCACCUACGUAUUUAUCACAUGCAUUUCUUCAUAGGUUUGGAGUACAACGCACAUAAUUCUGUAGUGAAUGUAUUGAGUAGAACAUUUUCGAAGGUUAAUGAUUGGACUUUCGUUGCAGUUGAAGAUUUCCAAGCAAAUGGUGCAUUUGGAGUCAGAAGACUAGAUUUCCUUGUUGGAUAUCUCUAACCUAAAUACGAUGUAUUCUUUAGGCAUCUAACUUAAAAUCCAAAUACAUCCAAAUCAUUUUAGAAUCUUCUCUCUGGAAGAUUAGUUUUAGAUGUUGUUUACAGACAAUAAAAAUAAACUUUUGGAAUUGAAGCUGAUUACAAUCUGGAGAAGGCUAAGUUAACAACCUUGGUUGGAUUAACAACAAAAUUGAAUGGUUUAGAUGUUAAGGCAAAAGUGAAUACAUCUACAGCAGCUUUAGGGUUGAGUGGAAAAGGCAAAUUUAAUGAAAAGUUAAUUUUCAUAUUAUACUUAGAUUCAAUUGGACUUUAUCAACUGAGUUACCAAUAGACGGAUCAUGGCCUAAAAAACAAGGGGUUUUCCCAGUCCCAGUAGGAUUCACAAUUGAUACAUCCUUAUGAACAAAUAAGUAUAUUCAAAUUUAUAAUAUAAAUUGAAUCACUA